UUGAAAAGGUUCUUGCAAUACCGUUGCACAAAACCAAAGAAUUUUGCUUGUCUACUGGAUAAGAACAGCUGAAGUGACACACCAUCAUUUUGCUGCACUGCAGCUGGGACUGGUAGAAAAGCCUGCAAUGGACCGAAAAAUAAAAAAUUACAAGUUCUGUGGAUUCAGAGAAAGAGACAUGACAGCUAAUAUACUGUUUGUGAACACUUCCGUUGUUAGGGAGCCAAAGGGAGCCAGCAGAUAGACAGGAGUGAUCCUUCCCCUCUGCUCAGCACUGGUGAGGUGGUACGUGGAGCGGUGCGUCCAGUGCUGGGUCCCCCAGUACAACAGAGACACGGACAUACUGGAGAGGGUCCAACAUAGGGCCAUGAAGGUUCUGAGGGGGCUGGAGCACCUCUCCUGUGAAGAGAGGCUGAGAGCUUGGGCUGUUCAGCCUGGAAGAGGCCCAGGGGGAUCUCAUCCUUGUCCAUAAAUACCUGGAGGAAGGUGCAAAUAGGAUUCAGUCUCAUAAAGACAUCUCAGCAGACAGGACACCAAAAUAAUGGUAAUGGACCCGGAGGUUGUGUAUAACUGCAGUCCAACAGACAUGCAGUUUUUCUACAUUACACUGUACACUGAAGAAGUGAUGUGAUUGAUUUCCCCAUUCAUAGUUUUAGCCUCACAAUCAGUGCAGACACUGAAAAUAACCGGAUUCUGUUGAAAGAUACUCAAAACUCCGGUUGCUGACUAUAUUCAAUUCAAGGUACAUUCUCAUCUGAUGCUUUAGAACAGGUAUCAUGAAAGCUGAAAAGCCUGCGGCAGCUGUCCAUUAUGUUUACUGACCCAUUCCCUAUCCCCAAAAUCUCACUAAAGCAAUAUAUUUUGUAACAGUAAUAAAAACGGUAGUUUAAAACAAUAGCUUUGGGUCACAUUAUAAUGACAUAGACAAAGGAAAAAGAUCUUUCUAGGCUUCAGAUUAAAAGAGCAGCUAUCAGAAAGGCCACAGGAGAUCAGGAAGGAACACUAAAACAACAAAAAGCAGCUUAAUAUCAUGUUUUUCACACUGACAUUUAUGUGUUUGCAUCCAGAUUAUUGCUCUUGUUCAGUGCCGAGCAAGUGGUGCUAUGGGCACAAAUAUACAUUUUUUUAAUAAUUUGAUAUCUAGUACCAUACAUUACCAUACUGAAUUAAUAUCUUACAACACUGACAAAUAUUUAUCCUUCCAAUCCAUUUGUGAUCUGGCUGAUAGUGAUUACUCUUCCUUUAUAAGAGAAAAAGGUAUUAAGGCAUUCAGGACUUACAUGUCCAGGUAGCACCAAGUGCCUUUGUUUAAAUUGCGUUUCCAAAGCAACUUAGUAUUGUUUGCAGUACAGCAGGGAACUAAAUUAGAAAUACUUGUUUCUAGUCUUAUGUCCUAACCACAGUGCCCUUGGAUGCCCAGGAUAUUCUACUGUUUUUAUAAAAGAUACAUUCAAUCAGAAUGAAAAGUGAGAGCAUGUACCAGUAAGCUAAAGUGAAAUCUGACUGUAAUGCUAUGAACGCACAGAGUAUACCCUGUGUAUUUCUGCAGUAAUGAAAACUAUGAUUAGCAUCCGCUGGUAUGCAAAGUGCUUUAACUUGAAAUGAAUAAAAUGUCUUUUGAUAUAGAUGAAGAAUCAGUGAAGAACUUUGUUUUGCUAUCCAAGCACAUCACACCUGGGUGCUGGCCAGCAGGUUGAAAAUUCCUAAAUAACUGCUUGAGGUUGAAAAGUUCAUGAGAAGAGUAAAUAAACAAUAAUUUAAAUGGGCAAGUGCAGCUGUCAGCUUCUGUAUCUCCAUAUUUCCUGAAUAUCCACUUCUUCCCAGGGGAAGCUUGUCUCACCAGCAAGAAAACUGAAUUACGAGGCACUGACAACAGUGCAGAGCUAAACCCGCAGUGAUUUCUUUUUCAUUAACUAUUUUGUAGUUGUUUAUCAGAAACGUUCACACACUCAUUAUAGCAUUUUUUCUCCAUGGGAUCAUUCAGAACAAGAAUUCACGUGCCUUUGGCACCAUUUCAUCAGGACUUCUCCCAUCCAACACAGGCAGAUUUACACAGAAUAUUUUCUGAGGGAGGUUUGUAUGCCAUAUGUCAUAUGGCAUACAAAUUAAAACAAUAUCAAUCCAGUGUCUAUGACUAAAAACACACACCAAGAUUCUCUUUAAGCAGGAGGAAGAGAGCAAACUUAAGGUGAAUGAAAAGCCCUCCUUCACGCUCAAGCACACCAAAGCCACAAAACACAGAAGUGCUCUGAUUCUUCAGUAGCAAUCAAGAAUCAUUGUCUUUUAAAUUGGGAUCUCUAAGCUAGAUUACAGGGAAGAACUGCAGAAAGGCAUUUGAUGCUCACAUGACUCUAUACCAAAUGCUGUCCUAAAAUUUUAGUAAAGACUUUAACACUGAUUAAUGCUCCAGAAAGUAAGAGAAAAUUCCAUCCAUCCAUUCUGUCCCAUUCCUGGGCCCACCUCGGGGGGUGGUCCGUCUCUCCUGACAUUUUAGUUAGACUCUUUGAGGUCAGAAAGCUGCAUUUUGCUACACUGCACCCUGUGGGCUAUUAACUGACUAUUAAUUAUCUCUGAUAUCUGAAUAGCAGGUUGUACACAAAGGAUAUUUCUCCUUCUCUGCGAAGAUAAUUCUACAUUAAAAUCUAAGCUCUUCCUACUGAAAAUCCCAGUGUGAAUUCCAGAGUUCGUGUUAUUUUUAGAGACCUCGGUAGAUUGGAAAUAAUUAAAUCUCUGGUGAAGCCAAUCUGUACUACUGGCUUUUUCCUUUCAUUAUGAACCCUUCCUUGCGAAUUCAUGAAGAUGUCUUGAUGAACUGGAAUUCUUUCGUUUUCUGACUUAGUACAAGUUCAUAUUUUUGCUCAGCAUAAGAAUGAAUGCCUAAACAGAUGAUGCUGAUGUGGAAAUUAAAUCUCCUUGAAGAGCCGAUAUAUUCUUGACAUUAGUUUUUCUAUCAUCACAGUCCUGGCGUAAAAGGGUCAGGAGCUAGCAGGUCUAGCUUUUGUUUUCUGUAAAGUUAAUCCAGACAGAUUCUACAAGGACGUCCACAAAUCCUGAUGACUAAAACUAAUUAUUUAGUAAUGUUCCUAAAAAUAAGCAUGUCUAGAGCUUUGUGGCACCAAGAUAGGAAAACAACUGUCCAGGAUGCAGAUUGUCACAGGCAUGCAUCUUGUGCAAUGCCCUGUUGGGGCUGCUGGGACGUACACAGAUGAAGCGCUCCUGCAGUUUUACUCUGCAGCACCCUUUGCUUUCCCUUUACAUUAACAGGAGGAGGGCCAUGGCAGGGUGGUUUAGAUGGACGGAUGGCUCUCAUCUGGAUUUCUGAGAAGCGAGCCGGCAAACCAUCUGCUCAAUGCGUGAUGUUUGUGGGGCCAAGUAAAUCUUUCAAGUGAAUCUGCAGAUAGUUGGAAAAGCAGACAAGUUUGGAGCCCCAAUUAAGACUUGUGCCCCAAAGCUUGUUUAUAUCUUAUUACUGGGUCAGUUAAUCUAAUGAAACAUUUCACCUUGUUCCAUAAGGCUUAUAUGGCUUCAAUCAUCCGAUUACAAGGUAACAGCUGUUUAGUUUGUAGAUCAACACCAGCACUUUCAUGUAUCACAGAUACACCUUGGAGAGGUAAGAGAUGAUAGAAGUUCCAAAUAAAGAUGUAGUUGCUUAACAGUGUAUUCCUGAACGGAAAGGCUGUUAUAAAUGCUAGCAACACACAUCCUUGCUUGGUUUUGCACAGCAAAAACACAGGCAGGAGUGAUGCUGAUGGGUGUGUGUAAAUAAACACACUCUCUCCAGGAAUAUCUCCCUUAGAGCUCAUCCUGCUGCUGAAAGCAUACCUGAUAGCUCGCUGCCACGAGUGGGUCAUGAUGUCACACGUCGUGCCCUGUGCCCACGACAGAGAAGAAGGAGAAUGACCGUGUAACGACUGGGCGUUACUUUGCGCUCUCCUGGGGAGCCUGGGAUGACUUCUGAGCGAGCAAGCAAGAAAACGAGGCUCCCUAUGGAGCGCCCGUGCGGAGCGCCCGGGAGCUGCGCUGCUGCCUGCGAGCCGCCGCCAGCGGGACCUGCCGUGCUGACACCGAGCGGCACCGAGCGGGCACGGGCAUCGCCUCCUCCCGCACCACCCUUCCCGUCAGCGUACACCUCCUCCCGCGGUCCGGCGGGCAGCAUGAGGGUGAGCCUGAGCGUCCUGUCGCUGCUCGUGGCUCUGGUGGGUGCCUCCAGCUUCGUCUUCCUCGUGGUGGCCAUCGCGACGGACUUCUGGUACAUCAUCGAUGCCUCCCGCCUGGAGACGGCCGCCAACGGCACGGCCGCGCUCAGCUCGCACUCGGGGCUCUGGCGGACCUGCCGGCUUCGGAGCAAGUGCUACCCUUUGAUCAACCCCUUCUGGCACGAGAAUGCAAACAUCACUGACUCACACCGACAGCUCUUACACAUGCAUGGGACAUUUGUCAUCCUGAUGCCUCUCAGCCUGAUAUUGAUGAUUUUUGGAGCAAUGACUGGAUUUAUCAGUAUUCUUGCCAGGGCAUAUCUACUGCUUCUAAUGACGGGUCUGCUUUUUCUUUUUGGAGCUCUGGUUACACUUACUGGGAUUGGUGUCUACAUUGCAUAUUCAGCUGCUGCCUUUGAAGAAGCCGUCUGCCUCCUGAGGAGUAAGGAUGUCCUGGUAGAAAUUGACAUCAGGUUUGGCUGGUCUCUGGCACUGGUCUGGAUCUCUUUUGUCGCAGAAGUGAUCACUGGGGCUGUGUUCCUCCUGGCAGCAAGAGUCGUGGGCCUGAAACGGCAGCGUGAACAGGAAUUAUGAACAGCAGAUGUCACUGCAACAACAGAAAAUUCUGAAAUGUGGAUUCCUUGGUCUGUCUGGUCACUAGGGGGAAUAAAAGUGGCAAGACUGUGACUGAGUAACCUGCCAGCUGCCAUAAACUGUUAUCCUCAAUAUUGUCUACAAAAUACAAAGAUUCUGAUAGUAACACAUUUCUAUGAUUCUAUUCCAUGAUUCUGUAAUUUCUAGUGUUGUCAAUAAGGACACUUUUGUGACUUUAGAAGAAAGUAUGUUGCACUAUUAAUAUUUCUGAAACAAUUUCAGCUGGCAGCUCAUGCAGCAUCAAUACACAUUGAUUAGAAAGAGAAAUUUUUUGCUUUCUCUUCUUUCUGCUA